AUGGAUAAGUCGAAGUACGCAUCUGGUCUGUCGGGAGCCGCUGCCUCCUUCAACCCGGACCACGGCUCAGCUGAGGUGCAGGUCGGAAAUGGAGAUGAACCGGCUGCCCCAACCCCCAAGACCGGCCGAUCCCAGGGUAUUGCCGAUCCCGAUGAUUUCAUGACUCAAUUCCGCAAGCUGCGUCUGAUCAAGCAGAAGGCGGCCAAGGCCGCUGCUGCUGGUCCUGUUCGCCGCGUUAUUUUCGGUGACCUGCCUGACUGGGCCACUGUUUCCCGCAUGCUUCUUUUGACUCACGGGGGCGCUGUCGAAUAUGCCUGGAACGAAGAAGGAACUGUCGCUGUUCAGUUCAUCGAGGAGGCUGCUUGUCUUGACUACUAUGAGAAACAUUCCGACGGCAUCAAGUACGUGACUGCCGAUGGUGAGGAGGCUAUCAUCACCGUUACCAUGCCCGAGGAAGGACUUCGUGACCAUGCCGAGCUGGCACAGCGAGUUGCAGAGGGUGCUUCCCGUGUCGUUUGCCUGGAAGGUCUCGCUCCCGGAUUCAAGGAUGGCGACGGUACUCCCAUUCUGGGUGUCCUUGCGCAGGACGAAUGGCAUGAUCUGAAGUUCGAGCGGAUCCUGAUUACGCAGGCUGAGUCUGGUGUCGAUGUUGCCAUCUCUUUCUAUGAUCUGCACGAUGCCUGGAAGUUCUACCAGGACAUCAAGGAUGGCACGUAUGACUGUAUCUCCCGCUUUGAGGUUGACCCGUGUGCUCGCGCCACGGCAUACCACUUCAUCGACGAGCCAAACCCUGCAUUCGAGUCGAUCCGCGAGUAG